AUGGCCUUUCUGGCUUGUGAAGGGAGUUCGGAAAAAGGCAACGCAUCUCUUUUGCACUUUACUGAUCCUCUAUACAACACCACUGUCUAUGAAAAUGCAGCCCCCAAAACGUAUGUGGAGAGCUAUGUCAAAAUGGGCAUUUACAUCGCUGACCCAGCAUGGAACAUCAAAUACAGAAUAGCUUCUGGAGACACUAGUAGCCUGUUUAAAGCUGAGGAACAUAUUGUCGGAAAUUUCUGCUUUUUGAGGAUAAGAACCAAAAGUGGUAAUACGGCCCAACUGAACAGGGAAGUCAAAGACAAGUACUUGCUAAUAAUCCAAGCUGUGGACAAAACCUUUGCUUAUGAGGCUUGGGCCAAAGUAAUGAUCUACAUCCUUGAUAAAAACGACUUGAAGCCUCUGUUCUCGCCCCCCUCUUAUAAAGUAACCAUCCAAGAAGACACACCUCUAAAAACCAUGAUCACUGUGGUCAGUGCCACAGAUGCCGACGUUGGCCAGAAUGCAUUGUUCUACUAUGCAUUAAAUACAAAGUCACAGUGGUUUACCAUCCAUCCCACCAGUGGGGUAGUAAUGACUGCAGCAAAACUGAACUCUACCCACAGAGGGAAGCACCAAUUACAGGUCCUGGCUGUGGACAGAAUGAGGAAAAUCUCAGAGGGAAAAGGCUUCGGAAACUUGGCUGAUCUUACAAUCCAGGUAGAACCAUCUGUCCGGAAGCCCCCUGUGAUUACAUCAGUGAUGGUGAGGGCAUCUCAUUCUGCUGAAGAUCUUCUAUAUGCUACUUUGAGUGUGGAAGCGGAUGGGUCAGGAGCUGGGAUAGAUUCUGUUGAUAUUGUGGAUGGAGACCCAAAGAAGAAUUUCAAACCCAUCCGAUCAUACGUGGGAAGCAAUGAGUUCAUGAUCGUGUCAGCCAAAGAGAUCAAUUGGCAUGACUACCCACAUGGUUUUAAUCUCAGCCUGAAGGCUAAGGACAAAACCAAACCACCUCUUUUUUCUCAAGCUGCAGUUGUUCAAAUACCACCUUUAAAGUACACCUCUGUCAAAUUUGAAAAAAGUGCAUAUCAAGUCCAACUCAGUGAAUUUUCACCUCCUGGAAGCCACGUUGUUAUGGUUAAAACCAUUCCAGUUCUCCCAAAUCUAAAGUACAUUUUAAAACCUACUUCUGACAGCAAAAACUUUAAAAUCAACCCUCAAACAGGUCUGAUAACUACAGCCAGACAAAUAGAUUUCCAAGAAAAGCCCCAUUUUGAUCUUGAGGUUACUACUAGUCACAGCUCAAUCUCUGCCACAAUUGCUGUUUACAUUAUUGACUGCAACAACCAUGCGCCAACGUUUACCCAGCCUUCAUACCAUGGCAGUUUUGAUGAAAAUCUGCCUGUUGGCACCAGUGUCCUAUCAGUGAAGGCUACAGAUAGUGACUCUGGGGAGAAUGGUUUUGUCACAUAUAGCAUAGCCAACAAGAGAUCUGUUCCAUUUGUCAUUGACCCAUUUUCAGGUGUCAUCUCCACCUCUAAAUUAAUGGAUUAUGAGCUAAUGCAGAGGUGGUACCGUCUACAUGUCUGGGCAUCAGACUGGGGGUCUCCUUUUCGCCAUGAGACUGAGGUCUAUGUUUCCCUCAUUUUGAGUAACGUGAAUGAUAAUGUGCCAGAGUUUGAGAAGAUCAACUGCAACGGAAGUAUUCCCUGGGAUUUGCCUGUGGGGCAGUCUGUGGCCACCAUGUCAGCCAUUGAUAUAGAUGAGCUACAGCACAUAAACUAUGAAAUCAUGUCUGGUAAUAAGGAACAGGUUUUUGAGCUGGACCCAAUCUCUGGAGUGAUUUCCCUCAGAGCUUUCCUCAGAGAUCUCCAUGCUGGACUACCAACUUCUUAUUCUCUCAAAAUCACUGCUACUGAUGGAGAUAACUAUGCUUUCCCGACAUGUGUAAAUAUCACUGUAGUCAACCAGGACACCCCAGUCCACAUUCAGUGUGAGGAAACUGGAGUACUGAAAAAACUGGCUGAGACCAUAAUCCAUUCUAUGGAUUCUCAGUCUUCAGUACAAAACCUCAAUGAUGACACUUCCUUGAAUAUACACCUCAUAAACCAUCAUGCACCAAAGUUUGAAGAUACUUUUCCAAGAUCUAUUGAUAUUAUGGAAACAAUCACAGUCAACUCAACCAUUGCUCACCUGACAGCCAUAGACAGUGAUACUGGCUUUAAUGGAAAGAUAGUCUAUGUAAUAUCUGAUGGAAAUGAUGAUAGCUGCUUUUCCAUUGACACAGAAACAGGUCUCCUCCACGUGUCCUCUCCUUUAGACCAUGAAAGAACAAGCUUCUAUGUACUUAACAUUACGGUGUAUGACCUUGGUAUACCGCAAAAGUCAUCAUGGAAGCUGCUAGCAGUGAAUGUUCUGGAUACAAAUGAUAAUGCUCCUAAAUUUUUGCAAAGUACUUACUUGGUUACAGUUCCAGAAAACAUAAGAACAGGUACAACAAUAGCAGUGGUAAAAGCUGAUGAUGUGGAUACAAAUGACAAUGGGAAGAUAAAAUAUUCCUUUCUAGCACCCACUGAUAAAUUUGCCAUCAAUAGCAUCACUGGAGAAGUGGUUGUCACUGCACCCCUUGACAGAGAAUUGUGGCCUUGCUAUGUAUUAAAAGUUGAGGCCAGAGACCAGCCCCAAAAAGGUCACCAGCUGUUUGCGAUUGCUGAUCUAGUUAUUUCUUUGGAAGAUGUCAAUGACAAUUCUCCACGUUGCAUCCCAGCCUUGAACAAAGUAAAGGUCCCUGAGGACUUGCCUCUUGGGACUACUCUACUGUUCCUGGAAGGCUUUGAUCCUGAUAUCGGCUCAGGGGGGGAACUGAAGUACAGUCUGUUCAGUGAUGGUGAGGAUGCAUUUCAUCUAAAUGAACUGACAGGGGCUCUGAGCUUGGAAAAAGAGCUUGACUAUGAGAAGCAGGACUCCUACAAUCUGUCUGUGAAGAUCAGUGAUACUGGGAAGCCCCUUUCUCUCUCUUCUCUCUGCUACAUUGAGAUUGAAGUUUUGGAUGUCAGUGAAAAUGUAUAUCCUCCUCGCUUUGAUUCUUUUGUGUAUGAAGGCUGGGUUGAAGAAAACAGCCCAGAGGGGACCUCUGUGUUGAGAGUAACAGCUCAAGAUGGUGAUGAAGGGAAAGACGGACAAAUCCAGUAUUCCAUCAGAGACGGAACAGACUUGGCUCUCUUCAAGAUUGAAAGGGACACAGGUACCAUCUUUACCACUGGGCCACUGGACAGAGAAUUCAGCUAUCAUUACUGGCUUACUGUGCUAGCUGUUGAUCUAGGAUCUGUCCCUCUGUCUUCUGUGGCUGAAAUUUACAUAGAAGUCACUGACAUAAAUGACAACCCACCCCAGAUGUCCAGUCCUAUCAUUUAUUCCUCUGUCAUGGAGAAUUCGCCGCCCAACACCUCCAUCCUUCAGGUUAAAGCGACUGACCCAGAUUUUAGUUCCCAAGGAAAGCUGACCUUCCACAUCAUCAAUGGAAACCAUCAAGGAUUCUUUGCAAUUAAUCCUGUCACAGGUGUGAUUUAUACCACUUCUCAGCAGCUAGAUCGGGAAUACAAGGCUGAACACAUCUUGGAGGUCUCUGUUUCUGACAAUGGAGAACCGCCUUUGAAAUCCACCAGCAAAGUGGUACUCCAAGUCAUGGAUGUCAACGAUAACGCUCCCACCUUCUCUCACAAAUUGUUCGUGGUUAACCUCCCAGAGAAAGUGGCAUCUGAAACCCCUCUGCCAGUCUACAGGAUGAUUGCCAUAGACCAUGAUGAAGGGAUGAACCGUCAGAUCACUUAUAGCCUUGAAGAAAAUAUUGAUGGUUUCUUCAGCAUCCAUCCUGAAACAGGCAUGGUGUUCACCAAAAAGGCUUUUUCUGCCCAGGAGUACAGCAUACUAAUGGUCAAGGCAACAGAUGGUGGCAGUCCCCCACUUUCCUCCAGUGUGAGACUUCACAUCGAUUGGAUCCCAAAGCCCAUCCCUUCUUCAGAUCCACUGGCUUUCGAUGAACCUCAUUUCAACUUUGCUGUCAUGGAAACAGACCUCGUGAAUCACAUGGUUGGCGUGAUUAGCGUCGAGGCUGGACUUAGCCAGCUCUGGUUUAACAUCACGGGUGGUGAUGAUGGUAACGAUUUUUAUAUUGAGACGAAUACUGGCAGUAUUGUUAUUGCAAGAGUCUUGGAUGCGAGUAAAAGGUCAAACUACAACCUCACAAUAGAAGUCACCAAUGGGACGAGCAUUAUCAGGACACAAGCCUAUAUCCGUGUGAUUGACAUUAACCAGUACAGACCCCAAUUCUUGGAGCACCAUUAUGAGGCACACAUUCCAGAAGACACACCUCCUGGGACAGAAAUCGUUUGGGUCAGUGCAACAGACCAGGACCACAGGAAAGGGUUGAUUUAUACCCUUGACAGCAGUGUGGAUCCCAGAAGCAUGAAGCUCUUUCAUAUGGACCCAAGCCGUGGCACACUCAUAACAGUGAUGAGGCUCAGUUCUCAAUCCAUGUUGCUGCACACACUGACAGUGAUGGUAAGAGACCAGGGUGUCCCAGUCAAGCGAGACUUUGCCAGAGUUGUCAUCCAUGUAGAGAGCUGUAACAACUAUCCUCCCCAGUUCACUAGCCUCCAUUAUAAAGCAGAAGUUCUAGAUGCAGCUCCAGCAGGUACAGAAGUUGUGCAAGUCCGAGCUCUGGAUCAAGACCAAGGAGUUAAUGCUGAUAUCCAUUACUACCUUCAGGCAGGGAACACUGGAGAAUUCUCUAUCAACAUGCUCUCUGGAAUUAUUACAGUUUCUCAGAAACUGGAUCGAUCCAAGCAAGAAAGAUUUGAUCUGACCAUAAAAGCAGAAGAUCAAGGAUUCCCUCAGCUGACAGAUUCAGCUACCGUGCACAUUUACAUCAAGCCCUCUGAUGGCACACCUCCCCAAUUUACAGCAGUGGAAUAUGUUACCGAGAUCAGUGAAUCUGCAAUCAUUGGCUCUCCCGUCAUCGUUGUUUCAGCCAAGAGUGCUCUGCCUGUUAGCUACGAAAUAAAAGAAGGUGACAGGAGUGGGUUGUUUUCCAUCAGUUAUCAGUCUGGCCUUAUUUGUAUUCAAAAGAACUUAGAUUUCGAGCAGACUUCAUCUUAUCAGCUGAAAAUCCGUGGCACCAACAUGGCCGGAGCCUUUAUGGAUGUUAUAGUGUUUGUUUACGUCAUAGAUGAGAAUGACAAUGCGCCUGUCUUUGAUAACCCUUUGUUUGUUGGCUGGAUCAACGAGAACAUCCCACGGGGCAGUAUGGUUAUGGAUGAAAACAAUGCCCCACUAGUGGUGCGUGCUUCAGAUGCUGAUCAAAAUUCUAAUGCUUUGUUGUCCUAUGAAAUUUUGCAACCAGAAGCACUGGAGUUUUUCAAGAUAGAUCCAAGCAUGGGCACCCUUACUACAAAUGCUAAUAUUGAUUACGAACGUACUCCAGUUUUCCACUUCAGUGUCCACAUCCAUGAUAACGGCAGUCCCACUUUGUUUGCUUCCAAACCCACUGAAGUCACCAUUUAUGUUAGAGAUAUAAAUGACUGUCCUCCAGUAUUUUCCAAAGGCAUCUAUGAAAUGUCUGCUGUGCUACCUGGGUAUCAAGGUAUGGAUCUUCUCGCAGUACAUGCGGAAGACAAAGAUUCAGAGGUAAUAUACAGUAUAGUGGAAGGCAAUCCUGAUAAUGUUUUCCACGUCCACCCAAAGACUGGACUCAUCUCUAUGCUGAACACUACCACUGUGGGAAGCUAUCAUGAACUUAAAGUUAGAGCUGGAGACGGUCUGUAUAAGACAAACGCUUUGGUAAGAAUAAAUUUUACUAAAGCACAAGACAGUACUUUAAAAUUUGAUCAGCAUUUAUAUAUGGCAACAGUGGCAGAAAACUCUACCGAUAUUAAAACUCUGGUUGUGCUUGGAGUUACUGGGAAUCAAUUGAAUGAACCCCUCCUUUAUUCCAUCAUGAAUGAAAAAGAGAGGUUUAGGAUAAUCCAGUCUUCAGGAGUGCUACAGACAAAUGGUGUGAAAUUUGACCGCGAAACUCAGGACAUAUAUGAGAUUGCUGUGGAGGUAAAGGAUAUUAAAGAUCCACCGAGGGUGUCUCAAGCUGUAGUGAAAAUAUACGUGGACGAUGUUAAUGACAAUCCACCCUGUUUUGAGAAUGUUCCUUAUUAUACAACAGUACAGGAUGGCACUGAGCCAGGUGAUGUCGUCUUUCAGGUGUCUGCAAAUGACCAGGACGUGGGAAAUAAUGGAGUUAUUUUUUACUCCUUUGUGGAAGACUAUGAAUAUUUCUGGAUUGAUCCCUUCUUAGGGGACAUUUCACUCAAGAAACCCCUUGAUUAUCAAACUUUAAAUAAAUAUACACUGCAAGUUAAAGCCACAGAUGAUGGUGACCCUCCUUUAUAUGCUGUGGAAGAGGUUCUAGUCACAGUGAGGAACAAAUCCAACCCUCUGUUCCAAAGCCUCUUCUACAAUGUCAGAGUGCCUGAAAACAUUCCACUCUACACUCCUGUUCUCCAUGUCCAGGCCCGGAGCCCUGAAGGUUUGCGCCUUAUAUACAACAUUGUGGAAAAAGAGGUCCUUAAGCUGUUCAACAUUGACUUCAAGACUGGUGUCCUCAUGGUCGUCAGCCAACUGGAUUAUGAAUCUGCAACAAAGCACGCCUUUACUGUCAGAGCAACAGACACUGCCCUGGGUGCCUUUUCAGAAGCAAUGGUAGAAGUAGAGGUUGAGGAUGUUAAUGACAAUUUACCUGUAUUUUCUCAGGUGGUUUAUAAUGCAUCUGUCACUGAAGGCCGGCCGGCUCGGACCCCUGUUAUACAAGUCUUUGCUACUGAUAGAGACUCAGGGCGGAACAAACUCGUUUCAUACCACUUCUUGGAAGACAGUUCAGAUAUGGCAAAGUUCUUUAAUGUCGAUGCCAGCACAGGUCAAAUAACUACAAGUCAGGUGCUUGAUUAUGAAGCCAACCAUGAGUUUCACAUCAAAGUGAGAGCCACAGACCAUGGCAUGCCUCCUCUUAGCAGCGAAGCCCUUGUGAGUGUCAGUGUGCUGGACAUCAACGAUAACCCACCCAAGUUCAGUCAGCUUCAGUAUGAAGCUAACGUAAGUGAAAUGGCCACUUGCGGCCACAUUGUGAUAAAAGUCCAGGCUUUUGACUCUGACAGCAGGGAUACCCCCAGGCUGGAAUAUAUGAUACUUUCGGGGAAUGACAACAGACAUUUUACCAUUAAUAGUACUUUGGGAAUCAUUUCCACACUGAAUCGUUGCAAAAAGGACCUGGAAUCUUUUUAUGACCUCAGGGUUUCUGCAUCCGAUGGAGUAUUUAAGACAACGGUGCCAGUAUAUAUCAAUACCACAAAUGUAAAUAAAUAUAGUCCGUCAUUUCAGCAAGAUGCGUACGAAGCAGUAUUGGCUGAAAAUGCCAAGAUAGGAACCAAGGUGAUUGAAUUGUUAGCCAUUGAUCCAGAUGAUGGCCCAUAUGGCACUGUCGAUUAUACCAUCAUAAACAAACUUGGCCAAGAGAAAUUUGCGAUAGAUAACUACGGCCGCAUAGAAACACUGCAGAAACUGGACAGGGAAAAUUCCACAGAAAGGGUUGUUGCUAUUAAAGUCAUGGCCAAAGACGGGGGAGGGAAAGUGGCCUUUUGCACAGUCAAAAUCAUACUCACUGAUGAAAAUGACAACCCACCUCAGUUCAAAGCUUCUGAAUAUGUCUUGUCUGUCCAGUCAAACAUGAGCAAAGGGUCCCCAGUCAUCCAAAUACUGGCAUAUGAUGCUGACGAAGGAGUCAACGCUGAUGUCAUUUACUCUGUUGAUUCAGUGGUGGACGUCAUUGCAGAGGAUGUGAUUGAGAUUAACACUGCCACUGGAGUUGUUAAGGUCAAGGAGAGUCUCAAUGGGCUGGAAAAUAGAACAGUGAACUUUAAAGUCAAAGCUGAAGAUGCCCGACCUCCUCACUGGAAUUCUGUAGUCCCAGUGAAUCUUCAAGUUGUUCCAAAGGAAGUUUCUUUGCCAAGGUUUUCUGAGCCACUGUAUACUUUCUCGGCAUCUGAGGAUCUUCCAGAAGGGUCGGAAAUAGGAUCAAUCAGAGCAGUGGCAGAGGAUCCAGUAAUCUAUAGUCUGGUGAAAGGAACCACUGCUGAAAGCAAUAAAGAUGGGGUAUUUGCUCUGGAUAAACAAACGGGAGCCCUGACAAUCCAGAAAGCAAUGGACCACGAGAAGAUGAAAUGGUAUCAAGUUGAUGUCUUGGCUCACUGCUCACACCAAGAUACUGACUUGGUUUCUUUGGUAUCCAUAAACAUCCAUGUAAAAGAUGUCAAUGAUAACAAACCUGUUUUUGAUGCUGAUCCCUACAGAGCCUUUGUCAUGGAGAAUAUGCCAGCAGGAACUACUGUAAUUCAGGUCACUGCUAGUGACCAGGAUACUGGAAGUGAUGGGGAGGUGACCUACAGCCUAGUAUUGGAAGCUGGCAAUAUCAGGGAACUCUUCACUAUUGACAGUGAAACUGGCUGGAUCAUGACUCUUAAAGAGCUAGACUGUGAAGUCCAGGAAAUAUAUCAGUUUUAUGUUGUGGCAUCAGACCAUGGCAGGAAAGUCCAGUUUCAUUCCCAAGCAUUAGUGGAGGUCACUGUCACUGAUGAAAAUGACAAUGCUCCACAGUUCACCUCAAAAAUCUACAAAGGGUCAGUGAUUGAGAACUCUGAGCCUGGACAGAUUAUUACCACUCUGAGAACUACAGAUGCUGAUAUUUCAGAGCAAAACAGAGAAGUCAUAUGUUAUAUCACAGAAGGAGAUGUCCAGGGACAGUUCAGUGUUGACCAGAUUGAUGGAGAAUGGAGGAUUUUUUCCAAGAGGCUUCUGGACAGGGAAGAUACAGAAAAAUAUCUACUCAAGGUCAUGGCUUCUGAUGGAAAGUUUCAAACAUCAACAGAAGUGGAGAUUUUGGUCCUUGAUGAUAAUGAUAACAGCCCUGAAUGCAAGCAGACACCAUACAAAGGAAAUGUUUCAGAAGAUGCACCUCCAGGGUUUACUGUUUUGAAAGUGUCGGCCACUGAUGCUGAUGUUGGGAGCAAUGGCCAGAUUGCUUAUAGUCUCCAUGGACCUGGUGCUGAAGACUUCAGACUGGACUCACAUACAGGGGAGCUGACCACUUCCAUGUUACUUGAUCGAGAGCUGAAGCCUAAGUACCAGCUUGUAGCCAAGGCAACAGAUGGAGGAGGACAUUUUUGCCAGGUGGACAUAAUUAUAGACGUGGAGGAUACAAAUGACAACACUCCAAGGUUCUUUCCUAGUCAUUGUGCUGUAGCUGUUUUUGAUAACACAACAGUGAAGACGCCCAUUGCAGUUGUCUUUGCAAGGGAUCCUGAUGAAGGUUCUAAUGCAGAAGUGGUCUAUUCUCUAGCUGAAUCAGCUCAUGGGCACUUUUCCAUAGAGGAGGCAACAGGUAUAAUUCGGCUGGAGAAACCUCUAAAAGAAUCACAGGUGUCCACACUGGAGCUGACUGUGUGUGCCAUGGACAAAGGUUUUCCCCACUCCCUCUCUUCCUUUGCCACUGUAACAGUCUCAAUAGUGGAUCUGAAGGAAUAUCUGCCAGUGUUCCUGGACAGCGAAUAUGUGGUUGUGAUACGGGAAGAUGUAGCUGUUGGUACAGAGGUUCUGAACCUGUCUUCAAUGAUGAGGGAUGGUGCUCAGGACACAGAGAUCAAGUAUGAAAUUGUGAAUGGAAAUGAACAUGGGAAAUUCACAUUACAUCCUCACACCGGAAUAUUAUUUGUCAAUGGGAGUCUGGAUUUUGAAGUUAGCCAUGAAUAUUACUUGUCUAUUGAGGGUGUAAGAAAAGGCUCUAGUUCUCUCAGCGACAUCACCAUGGUUGUGCUCAACAUCACAGACAUAAAUGAUCACGUGCCAGAGUUCAGCCAAGAUCUUUACAUUGUUGACGUCCGUGAGGAUGUCGCCAUCGGUGAAAUGAUCCUUAUGGUUUUAGCUGAUGACAGAGAUGGUGUAAUGAACAACCAGAUCACAUAUUCUAUUGUGGAUGGCAAUUCACUGGCCUGUUUUGUCAUUGACCUCAAAAGUGGAGAGAUCUAUGUUGCCCAGACCCUGGAUAGGGAAGAGAUAUCCAGCUACGCUCUGAAAAUUCAAGCCAUGGACAAUGGACAGACACCUCUUUUCAGUGACACCACUGUGCUCAUUCGUGUGUCUGAUGUCAACGAUAACCCACCUAGGUUCUUUCAGCUCAAUUACAGUGUGGCAGUACAGGAGAAUUCCCCUGUGGGCACAAACAUCCUGGAGCUGGUCAUGAGUGACAGAGACUCCCCAGAGAAUGGGCCACCAUACUCUUUCCAGAUCAUAGAAGGAAAUGAAGGAAAGGCAUUCCAGAUCAACCAGGAUGGACUAUUGGUGACAUCAUCUGUCCUGAAUAGAAGAGUAAAAGAACAGUACCUGUUACAAGUCCAGGUCACAGACAGUGGAGUUCCUCCUCUCUCUUCAUCUGCAUUUGUAAGCAUCCAGGUGACUCAGCAGAGCAGAUAUCCACCUUCGGCACUCCCUCUGGAGAUUUUCAUCACGACUAACGAGAAAGCUUUCAGAGGUGGAGUUCUUGGCAAAAUUCACGCCACAGAUCGAGAUCCCCAGGACACCCUGCAAUACGCAUUGGUGUCCGAAGGGCGAGAAAAGCAACACUUUGCGGUGGGAUCUACGGAUGGCAAGAUAAUUGCAGUCCAAAGUCUUCCUCAUGGCCACUAUACUCUUAAUGUGACCGUCAGUGAUGGGACCUUCGCCGUUACAACCAGCGUCCACAUCCAUGUGUGGUCUUUCAGCCAGAAAGCUUUGGAUGAAGCUGUGGUGCUACACUUCCGCCACCUCUCCCCUGAGGAGUUUAUAGGCGACCACUGGCGCAACCUGCAGAGAUUCCUGGGAAGCGUUCUAGAAACCAGGCGACAAAACAUCCACAUGGCUAGUUUACAACCUUCAGGUGCUUCUUCUAACGGCGUGGACCUCCUGCUGGCUAUUGGGGAACCUCAUCAUUCCUUUUAUAAGCCCAGCUUACUGGCCAAGAGGAUUUCUCAGUCCCUUGAAGAGAUGGGCCAGGUGGUAGGGCUGCAGAUCAAGAAGAUGACUCAUGUGCCAUGCCAUGGGGCAGACUGUACUAUUCAGCGGGCCUGCAGAGAGACAAUUCAGCUUGACCCUGGCAUGGUAUACACAUACAGUACUGCCCGUCUUAGUGUUCUCACUCCUCGGCAUAGCUUGGAACAAAUAUGUUCUUGCAACGGCACAGCUUUGAGGUUUAGCGGACACAGCUACAUCUGGUACCACCAUCAAGGCAGAAGGGAUUGGCAAAUGCAGUUCCUCUUGCAAACUCACCAGCUCCAAGCCAUACUUCUCAUCACCAAUGGAACCAACAGUGCUAUUCUGCAGCUUAUCAAUGGAAUCCCUCACCUUGUGUACAUAUGUCGGAACGGUUUCAGUGGGAACCUUUCAUCCAACCGUUUUGUGAGUGACAGAGUUUGGCACUCGGUCCAUCUGGAGGUGAAAGGCAAUUCCAUCCGCCUGCUUGUUGACAGCUCGGGAAACGCGUCUCUACAGCUGCCAGAGGCCUGCCGCAGUUCCCAUUCCAGGAGAGAUCUGCUCAUUGGGGGGUUUGUUCAGCAUCAUCAGGCCCAGAAGGUCACCAAUGGGUUCAGAGGCUGCCUGGAUGCCAUCACGCUUGACGGAAGAGAGCUGGUCGUUCUGCCGAAGGAAAAGAGGUCCAGAGGGGUCGUUGAAGAGGCAGGCGUUCGGCAGUGCUGCUCCCAAACUGGGGCCUGUCGCAACAACCCCUGCCUCAACGACGGGCUGUGCGCUGAGAAGCAAAGCGGAGGUUAUUCUUGCAUCUGCCCCAUCCAGUUUUCAGGUGAGCUCUGUGAAGUUGCUGACAGCCUUUGUGAAGCCAAGCCCUGCUUACAUGGAGGGACCUGCACCAUCUCUGAGAGAGGCAGCUAUAAAUGCCACUGCCCAGAUUGGCACUGGGGGAAAAGAUGUGAAAAGAUUGCCGAGGAAUGCCUGGAGAAUCCGUGCCUGAACUCUGGCCGCUGUAUGAAUUCUGAUGGCUCCGUUCAUUGCAUUUGCACGGGUGAUUUCCAGGGGGCCUUCUGCACACAGAGGAUUGUGACCCCGACCAUUGGGCAGUCCGACUGGAUCCUGGGGUCUGAUAAGAUCGCUGCAAUUUCAGCUGGGGUGUUAGGUUUAAUCAUCCUGGUGGCAGCAGCAUUCAUGCUAAUCCGCAAAGGCUAUUGUCGCAAAGUCAAAGCCCACAAGCCGGUGGCCAAGGAAGACCCCGACCUGCUCUCCAAAAGCGAAUUCUCCAAAAGUGUGGGGGUUGGAACUCAAGGACUUCCCCCCAUUGAACUGAACAUCCUCAGGAACGGCCACCACAGCCGCCGGAACGGUGAUGCGCUAGAUCCAGGCAAGCCUGCUGUCUCACCCGAGUUGGUCAACUUCAGUGCCAGCAAUGUCCAGAAACAGCGAGGGGCCAUUGUGUGCAGUGUGGCCCCCAAUCUCCCACUUGCCCCACCAUCAUCUAACACUGAUGAGUCCAUCAUGAAGAGCACCUGGGCUGGAGAAAAGAUGGUGUACCCAGGAGAGACGAUCUACUGGCCACCCAGGUACCAGCCAGCAGAUGUCCAAGAGUACCAUCAAUACGAGGUUAUUCAAGGUCCCCUUCCACCUUCUCCAUGCCGUCGCCACCGUCCUUCCAUAGAGUCAGAUCCCGUUGACCUUUAUGGUGGAUUUCCUUUUCCACUUGACCAAAACAACAAGCGAGCGCCUAUCCCACCCCGCUACAGCAACCAGAACCUUGAAGACUUUUUACCCCCUGUCCCUGCUGAGCUGCCUGCUUCCCAGUGUCAGAAUGAAUACACGGCUAUUAGCUACUACCCUUCUCAGUUGUUGGAGCACGAAGGGCCACCUUACCCUCCAGACAGUGGGUACAAGAGGGUAAGCAUGAGACUCAGCGUGGCCCAACCCUCCUAUGCAGACUGUGAGGCGAGGCCUACGUCCAGUGUUAGAACUCAGCCAGGACUGCCUCUGAAUUACGAGGGCUCUGACAUGGUGGAGAGUGACUAUGGGAGCUGUGAGGAGGUGAUGUUUUAGUGAGGACUUUCGCUUGACAUGAGAAGGAAUACGGUGCAUCA